AUGCCAGCCUCCCUAGAAGAUCGCAUCCAUGCACUAGAGGUUCAGGUGCAGCGCAACAAUGAUGAGCGUGAAAUUAAUCUGCUAAUGGGAAGACACGCUGUCAACCAUUUGGCAAAGAACAUGCACAAGACCCUCUCUUUUUUUGCCUUGGAUGAGCCCGAUGUGUCCGUCGAAGUUGGAGACCGGGGCGUCUACCGGGGCAAAGCUGCCUUGCAAACCUUGUUUACCGAGCAAUUUGGAUCUGCUGCCUUGAAAGGGAAUUUCCUGCUUCCGUUCUUGACAACCGGUAUGGUUCAAAUUGCUGGAGAUGGCAAGACCGCAAAGGGCACAUGGCGUUCGCCCUCUGUUCAGGCUGUGAUGCCGAAGGACGGUAAGGGAGACCCUGAGCCUAUCUGGCUUUUCGGGGCCUAUGCAGUUGAUUUCAUUAAGAAAGGAAAUGAGUGGAAGAUCUGGCAUUUCCACUGGUACCGAUCGAUCAAGUGUAAUCACCAUGAUGGAUGGGUUAAAGAUCAGAGCUGGCUCUUUGCUGGCCCUCUCGCCAACUCCCCCGACCUUGAGUCGACGACUUAUCACAACCCCUACACCCCCGAGAGCAUCCAGGACUCCAUUCCGCCAUGCCCACUUCCCUACGACACAUACGAUGGGCCUACCUGGAUGAACGUGGACCAAGCAGACUUGUGGAAGAUGUAA